AUGUCUUCUAACUCCAUCUAGUAUGUUCAAGCCAUUUUUUAUUAAGAAACACUAUAAUAACUAAAAACAUUGUUUGACUUCUAUAUAGAUGCUAGAUUUUUGCUAUUGCAUGAGAAUAGAAGUGAGGAUGCUAUCAAAAAUUUCUUCAACGAAGUAUAUGAGUUAUUUGUAAAAGUUGUGAUGAACCCAUUUUACGAUUCAAACCAGAAAAUCUAGCUAUCUAGUUUUGAGGAAAGAGUGAAAUCAGCUGCAAGAAAGUAUCUUUGA